AUGUCUGCGUGCGUCUGGAAACGCAUCGAUCGGCUGAUCGAGCCAACGACAUCCCAGCGCAGGCUGGAUGCCACGGACAUCCCAGCGCCGGGCUUCGUCCAGGCGUUCUGUGCCUCUCAGCAGCUGUCGCAGCAGCUCGCGCAGGAGCGGCACUUCAAUGCCAAUGGCCAGGCCGCAUACCUGAAGAAGAAGCAACAGCAGCUUGCAUACGUGGAGGAAGCGCAUAGGCGCGAGCAGCCUCCCUUAGAGACCGUGGCGGCACCGGAGAUCAUGCGCGGCGAGCUGCGCCGGGACGCUGUUUUCCAUCACGGUGCCGCAGGGGUCCCGGCACCCUUGACCGGGCCUGCAGCCUUGGACCUCACCGACUUGCGCGGUGGCGGUGUGCCCAUCGUGAAGGUGGGGAACGAGGCCUUGGCAUGCCGCGAGAAGCGCCUGGAGCGGCAGAAGGACUUCUUAGCCUCACGGAAGGUCCGCCAUGACCAGGCGCUCGAAGAGUUCCAGCGGGCGCUGGACGUGCUCUCUGAGGAGUGCCAGCAAGAGGUCUUCGCGGCAACAGAGCGGGUGAAGAAGGAUUUGGAAGAGAAGAUCGCAGAAAGCAAUGCGAUCUUAAAACCUUUAGAACCACCUCCACUGCCGGAGAGACCGGAGGGUGAAGAACCUUUGGUCUUAGACGAGACCACCUUGCUGGACGAGCUUCACGACUUACCACUCGAUGGCACCAUCGACCCGGCAAAGGCCAAGGCGGUGGCCGCGGAGAACGCGGCAUUGAAGGCCUUAAGAAGUCUGGGCGAACGCACGGAGGGUGAAGUGCGAGGCAUCCUAGCGGCAGUCGAGGCCUCGACCGAGAGCCGGAAGCAGCGGAUCUCGGCCUUCGCGGGCGCGGAUGGGGAACUGGCGCGCAUCGAUGGGCUUCGGAAGUCGAAGAUGGAGGAGCUUCUGAAGACCUUAGUUGAGGCACUCACCGCUGCCGCACAUGUGGUGCACGGCGAAGCCGAGCGGAUCGUGGAAGGGCACGCCCUCUCCUUUGACGAAGUGCUUCUUGACAAUGGGAAAGCUAUGAACCAAUUGGAAGCCAAGCUGACGGUUCAGGCCUUGGAGGACAACAAAGACUACAAGGUACGUUGGCACAAGGGUCUCCUGCUCUGGAAGCAGCAGCGGCACCGACACAGCAUGGCGGUGGUGAUGCGGCGGAUACGCAGCAAUGAGUUCCGGCAACCGGACUCGCUGGUCGAGGCGGUGGCCAAGGUCCGAGAACAUCAGGUCCGCGCGGGGUUUUGGUCGACAGCGUGUCGGCUGAGGCUCUUCUGCAUACCUCAGAAUCGUCUCACUGUAGCAGCCGUGCGGCAGUUGGAAGAGCAGAACACACAGCUCAAUGACCGCGCGCAGGAGACCUUCGACACGUUGCUGGUGGAGCUCCGCGAGCUGCGAGAAGCCUUGAACGUCUCAGCCGAGCAGAUGCUUGGUGAGCUGGGAUUGGAGCUGGAAGUACAUGAUGCUCGCCAGGAGUGGAAGGGCCAUGAUUCGGUCGCGAACCUCAUCGACGCAGAGGUGCGACCACCGCUGCGAGAGUGUUUGGAUCCAGUGGCAGAGAUGCUGCAAUUGCUCUCCAACAAGCUGACUCAUCAAGAGGAGGCGUUGCAUUUGGCGGUCACCGGCGUGAUCACCUUCUUUUCCAACCUGGCGAAGCGACAAGAACUCUUGAAGAAGCGCGUCGAGGAGUUCGAGGUGAAUUACAAUGGUGAAGUGGAAGACUGUGAAAAGGAUUUUGAAGAUACCUGCGAGAGGAACGAGAACAAGAUGAAGGAACUGCAUACCGCGAUCGAUGAUGCAGCGCAUCAUGAAACUUUGGAAGAGCUGAAGCAGGAAACCUUUGAUCACUUAGAUCAAAUGGCUGUGGGCUAUCGGGACUAUGCGGAUCAGCUCCUGGGAAUACAUCAGCGAUAUCCAGGAGACGCACAGGCUCUCAUCCGCAAGGAAACGCGUGGAUAUUGCCAGGACUUGGGCUUGGCCUUGGAUCCCGCCGAGGAAACGGUGGCGCUGAAAGCCGAACGUGCGGCGCACGCCGCGCAGCUGGAGGCGGACGCCAUCGCAGCGGCAGAGGCAGCCCACGCUGCGCCGGAUGGUGAGGAUGAGGCGGCCAAGGAAGCGCGGCUACAGGCGUUGGCCGCAGCCAUCGAGACUGCCAAGACACAACUCCGGCAGGACGCAGAGGCGCGGGAAGCGGAGGCAGUGGAAGCAGAAGCAGCGGCCUUUGAGGGUCUGGAGGAGAAGAGCCUUUGGGUCUCUGCGGAAGAUGUGCCGCUAGGUGAGGGUACUGGUUGCAAAGUCUUAGAGAAGAAGUCCCUCCCCGAGCUGCGCGGCACCGUGCUCCAAGAGCAUCCCAUCGACGGCCCCAGCGACGCAGACGGAGCGCCCGACGGCACGGCCGCGGCCGCCGACGGAGCCGACGACGGAGCGACCGACGGAAGCGACGCAGAGCCAGUCUUCGCAGAUGGGACGCGGGCGCUGGAGACCUUGAGCUUUGACCAUUCUUGGUUUGAAGAGAACUUGUAUGGCUUGAGAGAGGCGAUCUUCCAAAACCUCCAGACUCAGAAACGCUACUUGGACCGUGUGGACAUCCCUGCGGCCUGCGAAGAAGUGCGACGGGAUUUGGAUCAGCGCCUGCGGCGGCACACCAACCGCAAGGGAGAAGUCCAGGUGGAGUGGUAUGUGCCACGCUACGGAACCGUAUCCAAACACAAGGACAAGUUCGAGCGACACUUGAUCAGUGUGGCACACAAGUGUCAAGACCAAGACGAUGCUGUGGAGAAGGCCCUGGAAGAAGUGGAAAAAGCAGAAGAAGAGUUCAAGCAGCGGCUUGUUAGUUUGCAGGAUCGUCUCAGCGAAGCGGAGACGCUACCUGUCCUCACCUCCUUUGAACGACAGGCUUCUGAUCUGCUUCUGGGCUUCAAAGACUUCUGCAAGAGUGCGGUGAAGACGCUUUUGGAGUUGAGCAGCAAAGCACCACAGGCCUUGCAGAAGGACAACCAAGCCUUCCUGAUGAUGUGCAAGAAAGGAGAGGAGCAGUAUAGCGAGCCCGAGAUCGUGUAUUAUGGUGGUGAGAUUCAAGAGUUGAACUCAACGUUGGAUGAACGGAUGCAAGAAAGAGCGCAGAAGGCUCAUGAUCUGGAGGCCGCCGUCGACGAGAAAUGCAAAGCGCCGAUGCACACCUUCUCUGAAGCCUAUGCUGCUGCGGUGGAAUCCCUUUGUGCGAGCAAAGGCUAUGGCCGGAAGUAUGGCGAGCCAAGGCGCAAGGCGCAAGAACGUGUGCGUGCGCCCGGUACGUUGAUCGCGAGGGCGAAGACGGUGGGCUCCAACGUCGAGUUGCUCUUGGACUAUGUCAAGAAGCUCUUGGCUUUGCCCCUGGAAGAUGGUGGAGACUGGGGCUACAUAGAUCGAAAUGCAGAUCGCAGAAGCUUGGAGAUGAGUGCCAUGCCACCGCCGCCGCGGAUCAUGAGCAUCAGGACGUGGAGCUUCCCAUCCGAAGCCUUGGGCGUUCUGUAUGUGGCCGCCGCGUCCUUGGAAGGACUGGCGGUUUGCACCAUGGCAGAGCUUGGAACACAUUUGGGCGCCUUCAAAGAAGCUUAUGUCUCCAAGUACGAGCUGGCCGCGGUGCCUUGGCUCCGCAUCCUACGGGAGGAUGCCUGCCUCAUGCCGCCCGCUGAGCAGCAGCAAGAGGAGUGGAACGUGUUGAUCCUGGAAGGAACGAAUAGAUUGGUUGCGUUGAUUCUGGCACAUCGAAAGGCUGAAGCUGCCAAGAAAGCAUUGAGCUUCCGACCUGUUUGGUUGACUCUGGAGUUCUCUCGGCUGCCUAGCAUGGCUAGUGCAUUCCACGGCGGAGAAUCCUGCCAUGCAAGGAGUGAGAAUUCUGCGGAGAACGAAGCAGAAGCUGAAUCUGCCAUUCAGCUAUCACGAUCGUUGGAGGCCUCCAGUGCUUUGAGGGACGACUCUCUGCUCCGCGUGCUGGGCCCUUUGAUGAAAAGCGAGAAGUUCAACGAUGAGAUUCAGCUGGUCAUCAAAGCUUCACAUGAAGCCUAUGCUGGGCAGGCCAGCUUUGUCGCCACUGGCCUAUCACGAGUUUGCGCCGGAUUUUUGUUUGUUGGUCAAGCAGCUACAAAGCUGGCCAAAGUAGAAAACAGGCUUUUGCACUAA